UUUCUUUCCUCCUUCCAUUUCUUCCAAACAGGGAAAAUUAAACAUAUUCAGUACUGUAACAUAGAGAGAGAGAGAGAGUCAGCAAUGGGGGUUUCUCGGAGAUUCAUCUCUUUGUUUGCAUUGCUACUUAUCAUGUUGUUCGUUUGUGUCAAGGCCUCAACACAGAAAACAGAGCGGAAUUCAAGGCUUGCUGAAGAAAACAAGUUGCAGGGCUUGAAGAACACAUCAAUGGCAGACGGGUUUGGUGAUGAUAAAUGGAUAAAUGAGCACGCAGCUGACAAUCCUGAGGAAAUUGCAUCUAUGGUUGAUAUCACCAUAAGAAAUAGCACGGAAAGGAGAAAUUUGGGAUAUUUUUCAUGUGGAACAGGGAAUCCAAUCGACGAUUGCUGGCGGUGUGACCGGCGUUGGUAUCUUAGGCGAAAGCGACUUGCAAACUGUGGCAUUGGCUUUGGACGCAAUGCCAUUGGUGGUCGUGAUGGAAGGUACUAUGUGGUAAGUAACCCUGGCGAUGAUGACCCUGUGAACCCCAAACCAGGCACCCUUCGUCAUGCUGUUAUCCAAGACAGGCCUCUUUGGAUCGUGUUCAAGCGUGACAUGGUGAUCACAUUGAAGCAAGAGCUUAUAAUGAACAGUUUUAAAACAAUUGAUGGUCGUGGUGCCGAUGUGCAUAUCGCUAAUGGGGCCUGCAUCACCAUCCAGUUUGUCACAAAUAUUAUCAUCCAUGGAGUCUACAUUCAUGACUGUAAGCCCACCGGCAAUGCCAUGGUUCGAAGCUCCCCAUCUCAUUACGGAUGGAGAACCAUGGCUGAUGGGGAUGGCAUUUCGAUUUUUGGAUCAAGCCACAUCUGGAUUGACCAUAAUUCACUGUCGAAUUGUGCGGAUGGACUUAUUGAUGCUAUAAUGGGUUCCACUGCAAUUACCAUCUCAAACAACUACUUCACCCAUCACAAUGAGGUUAUGCUGUUGGGACAUAGUGACUCUUACGUAAGAGACAAGCAGAUGCAAGUGACCAUUGCUUAUAAUCAUUUUGGUGAGGGUCUUGUCCAGAGAAUGCCAAGGUGUAGACAUGGAUAUUUCCAUGUAGUGAACAAUGACUACACAAAAUGGGAGAUGUAUGCCAUUGGUGGAAGUGCUAAUCCCACCAUUAACAGCCAGGGCAACCGCUACCUUGCCCCUGUUAACCCCUUUGCUAAGGAGGUUACAAAGAGAGUGGCCACAGAUAAUGGUCAAUGGAGACAUUGGAAUUGGAGGUCAGAAGGAGACCUGUUUUUAAAUGGAGCGUAUUUUACUCCAUCAGGAGCUGGAGCAGCGGCCAGCUAUGCCAAGGCCUCGAGCUUAGGGGCCAAAUCCUCUUCCUUCGUUGGCACCAUUACUUCAAAUGCAGGUGCCCUUUCCUGCCGCCAUGGCCGCAUCUGUUAAUUCUCAAAUUAGUCUCCUCCUCGCUAUCCACCACAACCCAAAAUCGAAGAUGAAAAAUAACUCACUUUUCUUCCCAUAUAUAUCAGUUUAUAUAGUAGUAUUCCCUGAGUUUUCAACCCUAUAUAAUCUGCUUCACCUCUAUGACAAGUGUACAAAAUUUUUAGAUAUUGUCCUGUUUCUCACCCUCGUAUACGAUCAUUUCACUUGUCAUAAAUACCAUUGAUCGACCUCGGCCUGCUUGGGGUGCCGUAGUGUUGUUCUCUUCUAUAUUGCUUCUCUUUGUAAUUAUUAUUUCCCUUAGCGGUUUCCCCUGUUUUUGUACUUUUGUCCUAGUAUCCUCUCCUAUGUUUAAUUAGUUAGCACAUAAAUAGGACAUGGAUGCAGAAUUAUGUUGUGAGCAUAGCUUUUGGAUUAUAUACAAUUUAAUGUUUCAUAUGGUUCACAUUGCUUGCCUGUAAGGGAAGACGGCUCAAGGCAUGUGCAGUAGCACUUUCUUGCCAACUUGUUUACAUUAAGGAUUAGGGUUUAGGCCAUGAACCUAUUGAACUGAGAAAAAAGUGGAAAGAAGAAGAGUUAAAGCUGAAUUAAUCUUUUAGUCCAAAAUUUUCAUCUGACUUUGAAAUUCCUUUGAAUGAAAGAAGGUUUAUGCAAAA